GUGUUGUUCUUUCUUCAUUCAUUCUCUCUAUUUGUUUACUUACAUACACAAGAUGAUACUGUAAUUGAAACUUUUUUGGAUCAUUCUCUUUCUUAACAUGAAGAAGAACAAUGGAUAUUUCAUGGCCAUUUUAUAAAUCUCAAGAUUUCACUUCUUGGAUUUGGUAUCUUAUAAACCCUAGUUGACAGAUUUGGUUUUCAAAUAAUUUUAUGUUUUAUAAAAUUUAAAUUAAUAUAAUAAAAGACUCUUAAAAUUGUUUAAGGGGUAUUUUCGAAUAACAUUAAACUUCAGGGGUUUGUAUGUAAGAAUACCCUUCGCCUUCCUCAAUCCUCAAACCUAUUUCCGCCCUCGAUCGAAUCUCCUUCCUCCGCGGCCAUUCCAGUUCAACAGAAACGUUGGUGAUGUCCCGUAAACGUAAUGUAGUUCUUGCUACUGGUUUACUAACUUUUGCAGCUGUGGGCAUGUCUUUCCCCUUUUACAUGGCGACCAAAUCUUCGAGGUCAAAUCCAGUGAUUGAUUCCUCAAAGCCUCUACCACCUCAAGCGACAUUUCGUGGACCAUAUAUCAACACAGGCUCUCGAGAUAUUGGUCCCGAGAAUCAAACUUAUCCAAAGAAGAAAUUAGAUUGAAUGGAUCUCAACUGUUCAUAUUCAGAUGGGAUGAGUACCCAUCAUGGCCAUGGAUGGAGUCUUCUUCAUCUUCAGGAUAUGAUUGCUCUCUACAUAUGAAUUCCUUUGUCUGUGCUUAUAAAAACACUGCUUUUGAUUGUAGCAAAACAAAAUCUCCAGUUCAAUUUACAAUGUUUAUUUAUUAUCAUUGCCAUUGUGGUUCGGAAACUUGGAAUAUUUUUGCUUGCCUGAACUAUAAUAUUAGCUUCAGUGACCAACAGUUUUGAAUUCAUUUAGAAAUAGUUGAUAAUAAUAUGUGGUGUAAUUAAUUACACUUGUAUAUAAGCAUUUCAGUAUUGGCUUUCAGAUAGCCAGUCCAGCCAGACAACUGAAGGAAGAUAUUUUUUUUGUUUAUUUGCUGAUUCUCCAAAAGGGUAUUACUUUCCUUGUUUCCAUUUCAUGCUACUGCUUCUCCAAUUUCAUUGCUUUACAUGAAGAGGCGGCCCCUUCGAGCCAUCAGUUCACUGGUUGUUCAUACACAAUAUGCAGAAGAAGCACCGUCCUCCCUCCUCCCCAGGUAGUCGCGCCACCGUGGAAGAAGCAGAAGAACAGGUAACUGGGAGGAGGGAUAGGGCCAAAGCUUCGCCUUUUAAGAUGGAAUCACCUGACUUCUGGGGCUUGGCUGGGUCCAAUACUGACACGACCAAGAUCAGUGCUGAAUUUAUUGCACCUUGUUACUGUAUAACAUUAACAAGAUCGAAAAUUGACACAAAGCUUCCAUUAAUUUUUCGGUCCUUCCAGUUUGGCUUUUGGUUUGCAUGAGCUGGAGAAGAGUUUUGUUUUGUUGAUUAUUGCACUCUUAAACUGACCGAGGUGAUACUUUAUCAUUUAUUUUUAAUGAAGUUAUUAGUUA